AUGAAUGAAGGACAGAGAGAAGAUAAGCACACAGUGCACAGGAAGAGUGAAUUGCUGCGCUAACAAAGGUGAAGAUCAUAACAGAGGAAGUUCUGAGCAUUUAGUAUGAGAAUAAAUUAACGCUAUGGUACUUCUUUUAUGAUACACAAAACUUAGUAAACGAGGGAAGAUGUCUAAAAGGCAGAUGCUCAUGCUCGCAGACGUUCAGUCAGUGGAAAACACUUGCAAAACUGACCCGGCUUGUCCAUUUGUCGCUUUUGAGAAGAGCAAGAACACAUUCGGCUUCACGCUAGCAGCCAAUGGAGAGGUGGUCAUCUAUACUUUUAGCAUGGGUGACGAUUAUCCAGAUAAUACAGUUCUGACGUAUUCCCACUGUCCUGAUCAACCUCUACUUAUUCAUGAACGCAUACCAACUUUCUUCAAUACGAUAUCACCGAAAUACUGGAAGAACCCCAAGUGUGUGAAUCCAUUGCCAAGAGUUGGAAUCCAAGAACCAGACGAAACGACCGACUUCUGGCUGAAUGAAGAUAGUCCGUCAAGUGACAUGGAUGUGAAUAUACCUGCAAAUGAAGAUGGUGAUGAUACAAAUGACAGUGACUAUGAUGAUGAUGGUGAAGAUGACAAUGAUGUCGAUGAGGACUACUAUAAUACCGAUGGAGAAGAUAUACCGGAAUAUUUCUCUGAUGAGGAUGAGCAAGUUAAGAUGCAUCCACUUCUAGCUCAUGAUAUAGAGCAAGUCAAACAAUUAGCUGGUAACCAGGCCAUAUCAUACAGAAUGUUUGAUGCGCUUGGUGACAUUGACAUUGACCUUCAACUAGAUGUAUCUUUUCUGCAGGAUUUGAUAGCUAAGGCUUGGUGUCUGAACAGAGAACAGCCUUUAGUUGUACGUCUUCACUGCUCACUCAGUAAAUACCUGGAUGAAAAUAGCCCUCAAGUGUCAGUAUUCCAAAGUUCAAAGAGUAAUCAACCAGGGGUCUGCAGUCAAAUGAAAAAAAUCACAGAGAGCUUCCUCCUUGGCCAUUGGAAAUCUCUGACCAACAAAGCAGUACUUGCCCAUCUGAAGAGCAGAGAGAAAUCACCCAGCAAGACAUGUCAGCGAGACGGUCAUCGUAACCAUAGCAACACAUCAAGGGGUCGUACUCUUACGAUUCCUAUAUCUUUCUCAAGAAGUUCCAGCUCUAUGAGCCAGUCACCAAGUUCUGAGUCUCCCUCACCUGUUUCUCCUGACUCCUCUUCCAAGAAGUUUGGGAAGAAGAUGUUUCCAUGGCAACCAUGGCAACGUUCCUCUUCCACCGGUCAUUCACCUCCAUCUCCUGGCAAGGAAGAGCUGCAUCUUAUUCCAGCAGCAACUCAGGACCAGAAGCAAGCCAAGCAAAUUCCAAGCUUAGAGCAUGGUUUCCUAUGGCAGAUGUAUGGCUAUCUGAAGAACAGGAUACCCAAUCUCAGUGAAUUCUGUGUAGUCUGUGAUGAACCACAUAUAUUUCAAAAUGGUGCAAUGCUCAAGCCUGCUGUGUGUGAGCGAGAGCUGUGUGUAUUCUCAUUCCAAAUGCUGGGGGUAAUGCAGGAUGCAGCAGAGAAUAUAGCGACAGGAGCAGAGGUCGUUGACCUCCUCGUCUCGAUGGUGCUGGCCGCCGUCAAAUCAAGGCGGAGGCAACUUAUACUGGAUCCAUUCCCUAGUGUGGUUGACCCAAAGAGUAGCAAAGAGCUGGCUUUCUCUCCUAAGAAGAAGAAUUUUGAUCGGUUGGAGUCUACGCUAGAUAAGUUUAGUUCCAUGACGGACAUGUUGGCUGCAGGCAGUGUGACAGAUAUGAAGAAACAGAUGGAUAGAAUGGAUUUCAUGGCAUAUCCUCUGUUACAAUGGAUCAUCUCAAGCAACAGAUCACAUAUAGUGAAGCUACCUACUAACAAGCAAAUUCGGUUCAUGCACACACCACACCAGUUCCUCCUUCUCAGCAGUACUCCAUCCAAAGAGAUAGCCUUCAGGAAAGCUAAGCAAGAGCAUGGCAGUAUAUUUGCUUUCCACGGUUCUAACAUUGAGAACUGGCACUCCAUCCUUAGGCAUGGACUCAUCAAUGCAUCAGGCACUAAACAUCAGAUGCAUGGAGCUGCCUAUGGGAAAGGUAUCUAUCUGAGUCCCCAUUCUAGUGUGUCAUUCGGCUACUCAGGCAUGGGACAUGGAAUACAUCAACCAGUCAAGAAACUACCUCCUGUUCAGGAACCAAAGAAGAGUGCUUGCAGAUUUUUACAAAGUAAAAACCUGAGAUGUAUUGCCUUAUGUGAGGUGAUAAGUUCGAAGGAGUUGAAUAGACAUGGCCAUGUAUGGGUUUGCUGUAAUCCAGACCAUGUGUGUACCAGAUUCUUCUUUGUGUAUGAAGAUGGCAAGGUCGGUGAUCAAGGUGUCGACACAACACAAGACAAGUACACCAAGGAUAUCCUAUCUGCUAUGGCUGAUUGGAGGACGCUAUGACAAAGUCUCAUCCGUUACCACCAGUGAUCAAUCACUCGCUUUCCAUAUAGGAGCCCUCGAGGGUCCCUCUAUUGCCUCCGUUGAGUCAGGGUCAAGUUCUGCUUCAAAGUCAUGGGGUAUGACCUUUGUAGAAUUCAUUUUUUUAUAGUAUCAUUUUCCAUACUGAAAGCUAGAGUUCAGUAUAUGAAUCAUUGAGCCCUUUCACCAUACAUGUUUUGUACAUGUAGAUGAUACAUUCAUAUGAUGAUAUCAUUCAGAUGAUAUCAUACAUGUACAUAAUAUUGGAGCACUUUGAGCACCUUGUAUGGUAGAUAUAAACACUAUACAAGUAUCCAAUAUUGUUAUCAUGUUGUUAUCACAUGUAGACAAGGAGUAUAGUCUUAGUCACUUCACUUUUAAAUAACUUAAACUUAAAGAGAUAGUCCACUGUUGAUUGUCAAAAUUAUGCAGCAUUGAACCAAUGCUCCCAAGAUCAAAUUUUGAAUCGGUUCGUAAUUUGUAAAUUAUAAAUCGUUGCUACCAUAUAAAAAACAGGCAACCCCAUUAAAUAUUCGAGCUACAGUUUUUAUGCUUGAAAAGAUAACAUUACUUCUUUCAUUAUAAUUGAACUAAAUUAAUCACUAUUUUUUUCAAUAAGGCGGUGUUUGGUCAAGCUUCAAGAGGCGAAAGCAGAUGUACAAUGCAUUUCAUCCUUUAAACAAUAAAAUUGAAAAUUGAUGUAAAUAAUGUAUGAAAAGAACCUUACAUAUUAUAUCAUGCUGCCAAUUUCAAGAGUAAGUUUUAUUAAUAAUUAAGCAGAUAAAAGAUUAUUGCAUUGACAAAUCUGCAAGAAUUUAUUGUGAUGUAUUCAACAUGAAAAAUAAAAACAAAGAAAAUUCAAGACAAGGUGGACUAUCAUGUUAAGAUUUAAAAAGGCUUAUGUCAUGUUUUAUAUUUCUGUUUUGAUAUUUUUAUUUCCUUUUUUCUUCUUGAUAAGCAGAAUCAAGUCAAUGCACAUGGCCAUUGCAUUGAUCACGACAGUACAAUUGUGCACUGUGAAUCAGUAUUAUCAGGUAUAUGUCAAUGUUGGUUGUAUUGUAUCCUGUCCAUGCAGAAAUAAUUAUGUACUUUUUGAAAAAUUAGUGAUAAAGAGUGGAUGAAAUCCUUGCGUAGCAAUGCAAUGUUUUCAAAUAUGUAUUUAGAUCGAGUGCAUUUUAUCUGUGCAUUAUGGUCUGUUUCCUUCAAUACCAGUCAUUCAUUAGCUUUCCUCGCUAUGCACGGUCCACAUUAACUUAUUAAGUAAAAAUUGCACUUACCUGUCAUGAAGUUGGGGUUCAGAAGACCUAUAAAAACUUAUCAAUACUGCAAUCGUGUACUUUAUUUUUUGUUUAGUACUGAGUGACCAUGAUCUUAGCCAUGUAUGGUUGCAUAAAAAUAUAUUUGCUAUUUAUCAUGCGAUUUCCCUCUCAUGCAUAAUGCAUGAUAUGAUGAGAGAAUUCUCUUGUACACACAAUAUGUAGUUUAUAAAACAAAUAUUGACUGCUGAUUUUUCAUGUCACAGUUAAAAGUGUGUGUAUACCGGUACAUCUUGCGGUGAUCUUGAGACAGCGCUAUGGCCCUCAAUUUUUUUCUUGGGACAUAGUUUCAGAUCACCUUGGGCAAAAAUGUUAACCAUGCCCCUCAAAGCAGUCAAUAUUUGUAUAAUAUUGGAUUAGAUUUAAUCUAAAGGAUCCUGUAUAGUAAUGUGUGAAUUAAGGGUUAUUUGUGCCAACUGUUGUGAUACUGAAAUUAAUAUUCCCAAUUGACAGAGUGCAGUUCAAAUGAAAUAUGACAAUAUUUUUAAAAAAUCAUUAAGAACAAAAUAAACUUUUUAUUUUGCUCUGCGUGAUGCUAGUUUUCCACAAAAAUAGAUAUAUUUUGUAGAGUGAUCACAGUGAAGCUUUUGUGUGUAUGUUAGCUCAUUUUUGUACAAACCAAUACUUUUUUCUUUAAUUUAUUACUAAAGAGCUGAAUAAACCUAUUUUUUCUAUUAAUCAUAGAAUCAGUUUCUAAUUGCUUGAUAUAUGGGAUCAGCUAUAAUUUUUUCCUUUCUGAAAUUUAAUGUUUUAUGUAUAAAGAUACAUGUACAUUAACGUAUCACUUGCAUCAAAAUAAAAACAUUUAAAGUUAAAAAUUUCUCACAAAAGAUCUGAUUUUAGGCACAUGUACAUGUAAUUAUGACAUCCUUUGAUGUGUUUGUGAGAAAAGAGUUCAAUGUAUCUAUUAAUCUACAAAAAUAUAUUGAUCUUUGAAUCUUAUGAAUGAUUUUUCUUCCCCCAUAUGAGUGAUACAAAAUUCCAGGAAAUUUUCAAAUGAUCAUUAUUUUAAACUGUACCUUUGAUAAGCUACUAUUCUCUUGGGGAAAAUACUUGAAAAUAAUCUAUACAAUGGUUUUCUCGGAGAACAUGCUCUUUACAUUUUCUUUGCUGAAAUUAAACUCACUGGUCGUUGCUUGCAAACCCCAAA